GUGGCUGAAAAUCUGCUAUCCACCUGCACUUUUAAUUUGCCAGAGUGCCUCUGGGCAAAUUAAGGGGGCAGAGGACAGGGGUCUACUUUUCAGCACUCUCCUAUUCAGCAUUCCCAGCCACUCUGGAAGUGAAGCGGCGAAAGUGGCGCAAGAGCUGAGGGCGAGGCAAAAUCCUCGGGCCUCAGGUAGGCAAACUAGUUCUACGGAAGGAACAACCGACAGAUCUAGAAUAUGAACUCACAUCGCCUCAGCCGCUCCGCAACCAAUCAUUAUGCUGAGCUGCCCGUGACGUCGAUAUUUACGCUCCCGUUGGAAGCCUAGGUGGUCGCCCGCCUCCGACUCGCUGCAGGAUGAUUGGGUGAAGUGCUCGCCAAUCAACACCAAAGGGAAACCCUAUUGGCUGUGGAGGUAAUAGGGCGAUAUCAGCGGGGGAAGCAGCUGCUGAGCUGCAGGUUCAUUUCUUCUGCAGGCGCCUUUGUGGACGGAGGGCAGCGCUGGUAAGUAAGGGCUCGGAAGUGCCUAUAUUGCUGUUGGUGGGGAAGGCGUGCAGCGGUGCAAUGCAUUCUCAUCUCUCUUCCUCACCUCGGGUUGUGGGUGGUGGUGGGGAAAGCACUCUGUGCAUGCCCAGGGGCAAUGCGAGUUCGUCUCUGAUGAAUGCGAAUCGGGAGAACUGUAUUCUUUUUUGGCGAUCACUCUUAGCGGAGUAAGAUUGUCUUCCAUAAACACGGUUUUAACAGUGAGUCUGUAAGUGACUGUGGAGGCCAAUUCUGGAUCCACGUGUCCUUCCACAGUGGGGGACACAGGUUUCUGGGAGGGUGUUGAUCACAAUGAGGGUUUGCCAAGCGUGCCUUCCUCUUAGCACAUUUCUCCCUUGCGCACCUGAGUUCGAGCAUCUUCAAAGCCCAUGACACCUUUGGUAAAGGCUGUUCUCCAACUGGAGCGCUCGCAGACCAGAUUCCCAGUUGUCGGUGUUUAUACUACAUUUUUUUAGAUUUGCCUUGAGAAAGUUUUUGAACUUCUUUUGUUGACCACCAGCAUUACGCUUUCCAUUUUUAAGUUUGGAAUAGAGUAGUUGCUUUGGAAGAUGAUAAUCAGGCAUCUGAACAACAUGACCAGUCCAACGAAGUUGAUGUUGAAGAAUCAUGGCGACACUGGUGACCUUUGCUUCUUCCAGUACACUGGCAUUAGUUCGCCUGUCUUCCCAGGUGAUAUGUAAAAAAUUUCCAGAGACACUGUUGAUGGAAUCUUCUGACGAUCUGGAGAUGGCGGUUAUAUGUGCUCCAUGUUUCACAAGCAUACAGUAAGGUUGGUAGUACCUGUACAAUAGCUUUGUAAACAAGCAUUUUUGUUUCCCUGCGAAUGUCCUGGCCCUCAAACACUCUGCACUUCAGUUGGGAGAAAGCUGCACUCGCGAAGCUCAGGCAAUGCUGGAUUUUGACAUCAGUGUCGGCCCUUGUGUAAAGCUAACUGCCCAGGUAGGAGAAGUAAUCGGCGUUUUGCAACAUUACUUCAUUGAGUUGGAUUUGUGGCGCUGCAGAGGGGUUCUUUUGUGCUUGUUGGUGCAGCACUUUGGUUUUUUGGAUGUUGAGCGAUAAGCCAAGCUUUUAGUAAGCUUUUGCGAGGAUAUUUAAGAUGGUUUGGAGGUCAUCCUCUGAGUGUGUGCACACUAGGUUGUCAUUUUGGACUCACAGCUGUGCAUGGAGGCACAGGUCAAUUCUGUGUCCAGGGCAGCUAUCUACCAGCUCCAUCUGGUAUGCAGGCUGAGACCCUAUUUCACCUGCCCUCGCCAGAGUGGUGCAUGCUCUAGUUAUCUCCCGCUUGGACAACUGCCAUGCGCUCUAUGUGAGGCUACCUUUGAAGGUGACCCGGAAACUACAACUAAUCCAGAAUGCGGCAGCUAGACUGGUGACUGGGAGUGGCCACCAAGACCACAUAACACUGGUCCUGAAAGACCUACAUUGGCUCCCAGUACAUUUCUGAGCACAAUUCAAAGUAUUGGUGCCGACCUUUACAGCCCUAAAUUGCUUCAGAGAAGGAGCAUCUCCACCCCCAUUGUUCAGCCCAGACACUGAGGUCCUCCUCCGAGGGUCUUCUGCUGGUUCCUCCACUGUGAGAAGCGAAGUUACAGGGAACCAGGCAAAGGGCCUUCUCGGUAGUGAUGCCUGCCCUCCCAUCAGAUGUCAAGGAAAUAAACAACUAUCUGACUUUUAGAAGACAUCUGAAUGCAGCCCUGUUUAGGGAAGUUUUUAAUGUUUGAUGUUUUAUCAUGUUUUUAAUAUUCUGUUGGGAGCCUCCCAGAGUGGUUGGGGAAACCCAGCCAGAUGGGCGGGGUAUAAAUAAUAAACAAUAAAGUGUAUAAAUAAUAAAGUGUAGUAUCAUGGCAGUGAAAAUAAUGAAUAGAAUUCGGGCAAUAACACAACCCUGUUGAACACCUGAUCUCACUGUGAAUCACACUGAUCUCACUGUGAACACCUGAUCUCACUUUGAGAACCAUUGUUAUCUGUGAUUGUUGCUGUCCUAUUAUCAUGGAGGAGCCAAAUGAUGUUCACAAAUUUAUCCGAACAGCCAAUUUUCAGAAGGACAGUCCACAGGGCAUUACAAUUUACAGUGUUGAAGGCCUUAGUCAGGUCAAUAAACGCCAUAUAUAGGGGUUGAUUUUGCUCUCUGCAUUUUUCUUGAAGCUGCCAAGCAGUGAAAAUCAUGUCCACUUCCCCUAGAAGGUCUAAAACCAUUUUGGGAUUCAGGAAGGUUCGCUUCGGCUAUUGUUAAGAGACGCUUUGCUAAUAUCUUUACAAUAAUUUUGCUGGCCGCAGCUAAUAAAUGCCUUGAUAGUUUCCACAAUCCGUUCUGUCACCUUUUUAAAAAGAGAUUGAUAAUUUUGGCAUCCCUAAAGUCCACUGGAGUCUCCUCUUAUGAAUGCCAUCUCUGACUCCUGGAAAGAUUCCAUCAAUGGUGUCUCUGGAAAACAAAUUACAUAUCACUUGGGAAGACAGGCAAACGAAUGUCAGUGUACUGGAAGAAGCAAAGGUCAUCAGUGUUGCAAUGAUUUUUGGAUGUGUUGUUUGGAUGCCUGAUUAUUGUUUUCCAAAGCAACUACUCUAUUCCAAACUUAAAAAAGGAAAGCGUAAUGCUGGUGGUCAACAAAAGAGGUUUAAAUAUGCUCUCAAGGCAAAUCUAAAAAAUGUAGUAUAAACACCAACAACUGCGAAUUACUGGCCUGUGAGUGUUCCAGUUGGAGACAUCCUUUACCAAAGGUGUCAUGGACUUUGAAAAAGCUCAAACUCAGGGAGAAAAGGAAAAAUAAGCUAAGAGAAAGGUAUGUUUUGGAUGAUCUUCACUGUGAUCAACUUCCGCCCAGAAACCUAUGUACCCACUGUGGAAGGAUGCACGGAUCCAGAGUUGGCCUCCACAGUCACUUAUGGACACACUGUUAAGACCAUAUUCAUGGAAGACAAUCUAACUUGACUACAAGUGAUCGCCAAAGAAGAAAGAAGUACCUGCUGCACAGCAGGUGCAGUGUGGUUUGGGGAAAACAGUCUCAUGGGCCCAAUUGGGGCCUCUGGUGGGUCCAGUUUGACCAGAGGUUCCCCAUCCAUGCUCUACAUAGUUUUAUGUGGAAGGUGUAAAAAUAUUGUGAUGACCAGGCUGCUGCGUGUUAGGAAGGCAGCCUAGAGAAAUCUUCAUCUGGAGGUGGUUUCCUGCUUCCUCUAAGUGAUCUACUACUUCUGGAGUCACCUUAUCUAAUGGAGGUUUGGAAACAAAAGAUUCUUAAAGGAAAUAUAUUAUGGAUUACUAAACAAUGGGGACCUAUAUGUAAAUCUGUUGGCUAGAUAACACAUUGAUUUAUUUGUAUAUGUAGUCUUUCCACCCUUUUUGAUAUGGGCUACAGUUCUAGUUUUCUGGACACCCCAUGACCUCAAAUUACAUUGUUCUGUGUACUUCUAAGUAAUAGUUCAAACAUUUCCCAUAGUUGUGACAAUGGUAACUCAUUAGCCCAGAAUCCGUAUUCAUUUCACAUGUGCUUUCUAGUGAAUUAACAUUACCAACUCUGUUUCUUUAUUGCAGAGCGAAAGAGCAUUCACUGGUUUCAGCAACUUGGUUUAGUUCUCCUCGAGCGUCAUGGGGUUAGAAGCGAAGCACCUUGCUGUUCCCCACCCUUACUGGCCUCGAAACUUGGAGCUCCAGCACUACAUCCCCAAUGACCGCCCCAUGUGGCAGAUAUUGACUUUCCUCUUCUCUGUCUCUGGGUUCCUGCUGAUAGUAACUUGGCUCAUAGCAAGAUGGCAGAACAGGACAGCUGCACCGUUUGGAACAUGGCGCUCCUUGGCUAUCUGCUGGUUUGCUGUCUGUGGCUUUAUUCAUGGUGUCAUUGAAGGCUGGUUCAGCCUGUACCACAAGGAAAUCGCAGGGGACCAGUCUUUUCUUUCACAGCUCUGUAAGACUGACUUGAUGGUGGGGGGAUGAAGGGCAUGUAUGCAAAACACCAGAGUUCUUCUCCCAGUUCUGGGGAAAGUAUGUCGUAGCAGUUAAAUAAGGGGAGCAUUAUAUAGACUCUAUCAUUAACAUUUUAUUUUAUUUAUUCAGUAUCUAUCCCACCCUUUCUCCCAAAACCAGCAAAUAGAACAAAGUAGCAUUAUUAUUAUUUUUUGCAGAGAUGUAAUAUGCUUAAAUUGGCUUUGUUUCCACUUGGAAAUUGGUGCUGAAUUCGAAAGUCUGAACAGUUCUCUUUACCUAAUUGCUAGUUAGUGAAAUACACAAGCUUUUCAAUUCAUGUGAAAUUUUGUGCUUCUCAGCUUAUUAUAACCAAUGUUGUGCCUUAUUUUCUCUCCUCACUAUGCUAUAGGGAAGGAAUACGCCAAAGGUGACAGCAGAUACAUCAUGUGAGUGUCUGCUUUGAGGCGGUGGGAUAGCUGUUUGUCUAUAUCGUAAUGGAGGAAAAGGAUUCAGUCAUGCAAAGAUCCAGCACUGAAUCAUUAGAAACAGAAAGAUUGGUGUGGGGGAGCACUAACAGCUUUAAAAGGCUAUAGAUGCAUAUUUUAAGCUACAUCUUAUAACAUGGCGGCCCAUAAGGAGGUAAAGUGGGACAGCCUUGCAUGGGAUUACCCCGAGUCAUUUCUCUUCCGUUUCCUCAGCAGAGCUUGCAUUUGGGGCGAAUAAUACUUUACCUGAGAAGCCACUGUUGUUGGCAUUAGAUGGUUAACAUUUUGCUUACCGCCUGCAGGGUGAAGGCUAGUUGUUAGUUAGCAACUGUUGGGUGUGUGCUAAAAGCUUCUGGGGUAGCCAUGUUAAUCCGUUGCAGCAAAAAACAAGAAAAUUUGCCUCCUUGUGCCUUAAAGAAGAAGACAUUUGUUGUAGCCUAAGCUAGGCUUGGAGAAACUUGGGGCUGGGGUAUCAAAUGCAGCCCUCGAGGCCUCUCUGCCUGGUUCUCAGGACUCUUCCCCAGGUAACCCCUCUGCUCCCCAAAACACACCCCUUGAGUUGUUCUGCCUGGCUGGAAUGUGUCCCUGGACUCUUGCGUGCCUAGAUGAAGGGGAAUCUCUGACUUCUGUGCAGUUGCAACGCAGCCUGUUGUACAAAGUCACAUCCAGAAAAGCUCUGCUUGCUUUUCUUUCUGGCCCCGCACACCAGUGGAAUGUGGCCCCCAGAAAGCUUUCUACAGGGUAGUGCAACCCUUGGGCCGAAAAAGCUCCCCCCCCCCAGCAUAAGCAUUUGUGGACUCAAGUCUGUUUCUUAAUAAUGCUUCAAUGCAUCUGAUAUUGGAGCUGGGGAGGUGGAAAUGUGAAGAGUGAGACCAGAGAGAAAUGCAGUGCAAAAAACAGUUUGGAUACUUCUUGACCCCCAAGUGAUUUCUAUUUCACUUUUGUCCCUACAGAUCAGACAAUUUCACAGUUUGUGUGGAGACCAUCACAGCCUUCGCCUGGGGGCCCCUCUCCAUCUGGACUGUGUUAGCAUUUCUUUCAGACCAGCCCCAUCGGUUUGUGCUGCAGCUGAUUGUGUCGCUGGGUAGGUAUAUGAGGCACACACAAGGACAGAUUUCUAAAUAUAAUGACGGCCGAGCUCAACUGCAUCCCAAUCCCCUGUUCCUUUUCACCACAUGUUCUGCACUGGAAGAAUGCCUGAAAAGGUUGCUGCAUGCUCCUUGUGUUCCUGGCAUCCAUAACCCCUCACCCUUGUCUUCUCCCUCUCCCCACCCCAAACAAUUAAAAAAAAUCCCAGUUAUCUCUCACACACUCAAUUGCAACCACUGGAAAACUAGGAAACUCAUGGAACUAGGAAAUUCGGGCUGUGUAUCUUUUUUUGUCUGGUUCUAAUCCAGACGUGGGGAACCUUGGGCCCAGCGGCCAAAUGUGGCUGUCCAGAUCUCUUGCGUCUGGCCCUCAGGGUUCUCUCCCAGGCCCUGCCCACUCCUGUGCCAGACCCUUCACUGGCCCUGCUCAACUCGCUUCCUUGUGUGCUUUUGUGUCUCUGGAACUGUGGUCAUGCUUUUCACUUACCUGGCUGGAGAGAUGUGUGUGAAAACUUCUGAAGUGUUCAUGACUUGAAUGUAGCCUAUGGGAUAAAAUUAGGAGUUGAAGUUGUUCCUCCACUCUAGCCACACCCAUUGCUGGUAAGUGGCCCCCAGAUGGUUGCCCAUGAAGGGAUGUGGCCCCUUGGGCUGAAAAGGGUUCCUUACCCCCUGCUCUAAUUGGUUGUCUUGUCUCUACCAUUCACUGCAGGCCAACUCUAUGGAGACGUUCUGUACUUUUCUACUGAGUAUCUCGAGGGCUUCAGUCACAGUGAGAUAGGGCACCCGAUAUACUUCUGGUUUUAUUUUGUCUUCAUGAACGCUUUGUGGAUCAUCAUUCCUUCCAUCCUCAUCCUGGAUGCUUGGAAGCACCUCAGCGCUUGCCAGAAGAUAACGGAUGCUGGCAAAUUCAAGAAGCACUGACCUCUUGCAUAGUGGAUCAUCAUGAACACAUAUGCCAUUGGAGAAGCACUGGAAUAAUUCAGGGAUUGGUUGGCUACUUUCUGGUGCCUUGUCUAGGUUUAUUUCGUCCACUGCCCCCAUCAACUAGGGACAUUCUCCAAGUAUCCACCAAUUACCCCUCCUCGGGAUUAAGUGGAAUGGCCUUCUGUAUCUAUUUUACAGCUGCUGGAAUAUGCUCUGUCCUGCAGCCCCUUCCAGAAGAGACUUCUAUCAAAGACCCCUGGAACUGAGAGCUGGGGCAAGGCAGGGAGAGUGUGUUGAGGGGAAGCCCUAUUGAAUUUGGUAGGUUUUACUUCUGAGCAAAUGGGUUGCAGGUCCCAUUAUGGAUAGCCUCCAUCAUGCAAUUCUGUAUUAGACUAAGCAGAGCAGUGCUAUGAAGACUUCAUAUAGGGCUCUGUGUGACUGCUAGACCCUGGGGUUAGGGUUAUAUCUCAAGCUAAAUGAGGCUGCAGAGUAGAAGCAGCCAGUUGUUUUAAUUUCUGUUUGGGAUGCUUGUGUAUCUAGUUGUGAAGGUAGCACAAAAUCCACCAUUAAUAAUAUUACAUUGAUUUCACAUCUAGAUCUCUUCUUAAGAGGGGCCCUUUCUCCUGCUUUUGAAACAGGUUUCUUUUCUGUAAACUAUGCUCCUAAGCAUUCCAGUACAUUUUCAAAGGAACACCUUUAGUACCUCGCAUAUGCUGCUGAACUCACUGGUUUUGUAAAAUGAGAUACAAUUGUUUUUUUAAUAAAUGAUGAUCCACCUGC